UGAUGUGGUAUCUGUGGUGGUGAAAGUGGAAAUUCUGAGUCCUCAAUUUGACGUCCCUGAGUACGAGAGAAGAUAAAGAAGAAUGGCCUUAGCAACUGGAGGAAGCUUCCCUUUGCAGCCAUGCUCUUUAUUGAAAAACGCGAGCAUUAAUAAAUCUCCAGCAGGCGGCACAUCCUCGUGGCUCAGGCAUGCUGGUGCAGAGAUUACAAGGCCUUGUAGGCGAACUUGUAUUGCAGCUCAACAACGACCUACGUGGCUCCCAGGACUCGAUCCUCCCCCUUAUCUUGAUGGAACUCUGGCUGGAGAUUUUGGGUUCGAUCCACUGGGACUUGGAGAAGACCCGGCAAGCUUGAGGUGGUAUGUGCAAGCAGAGCUGGUUCAUGCUCGCUUUGCAAUGAUUGGGGUCUCUGGAAUUCUGCUCACAGAUACGCUUCGCUUCGCAGGACUUAAAACGAUACCAGUUUGGUAUGAGGCCGGUGCAGAAAAAUAUUUUGCUGAUGCUAAGACUCUGCUCAUUAUCCAGCUAUUUUUGAUGGGCUUUGUUGAAACAAAAAGGUACAUGGAUUUCGUUAGUCCAGGAUCUCAAGCUAAAGAGGGAUCCUUCUUUGGACUGGAAGCUGCAUUUGAAGGUCUAGAACCAGGGUACCCUGGAGGUCCUUUGCUAAAUCCUCUUGGCCUAGCUAAAGAUAUAAAGAACGCUCACGAAUUGAAACUUAAAGAGAUCAAGAACGGGAGACUUGCUAUGGUCGCAAUGCUUGGAAUCUUUGUGCAAGCUUCAGUGACUCAUGUUGGACCAAUUGAUAACCUCGUGGCACAUCUUUCCAAUCCAUGGCACAAAACUAUUGUUCAGACCCUUGGCAGCUCUAGUUAAGGGGUGCUCUUCUCUGCUGUGUAACAUCACGAAUUGAUUAAAUUAUGAAAGAAAUUAUUUCCUCUACAGCCAGUCAACUACUAGUAUACAGACGAAUGGUGAAUUGUAUAACAAUAACAAGGUUUUUAAUUACCUGUGCCUAUAAAAAAA